AUGUCCUCCAUCCUCCGCAAACUCCAGGGUGGAAACCUCGAGGUCUUCAAGUUCGGAACCUACAUCCUCUUCCCCAUCGGCUGGAUGUACUACUUCGGCACGAACCUCGACGACCGCUUCACCGUCCAGGGCUUCUGGCCCACCGCUGAACAAUCCCACAAGAUCCCGCUCGAGAAGGAGGAGAUCGACCGCGAACUGAACCGCAUGCGCAUGAACGAUGCCAUCCGCCGAGAGCGGAGACAGCGCGAGGCGGAGGCGGAGGCGGAGCUGCAGCUGGCUCAGGCCCGGGCGCAGACGGAGGGAUCUGCCAGCGCGGAGUGA